AUGCUCUCUGUACCACUUGCUAGACGUAUAAUUAUACGGACCAGGGUGUUUCUGACAACUAAUCUAACCCCAUGUUCUCUGCAUUCAUCGACUCCUCUCCUCUACCAGAAGAAGACAGACAUGAUUGCAUGGUUCGCACAAUCCAGCUUGCGAUAUGAACGGCUGGAUUCUUUGUUCUUUUUUAUGUUUAUUUGUUGCAUGGAUAUCCAUGUGCUUGUUAAGCUAGCAGCUAUAUGCCACAGGCACCUAGUGAAGCAGGCAAACCGUUGCGGGGCAAUAUCCUACUAUCCGGGGGCUGCCCCGCUUGAAGUGGACGGUAGUUUACCAAUAGAAUACAGCAAUGCUUGCCACCGCCGAAGACGCGCCUUGGCGUCAAACUCGACGCCAGAUGAUGCCUCGCUGAUAAUUAGUUUCUUCCUGUUCUGCUCGCGUCACACAAUGAUUGAUUCUUAUUUCCGUCUCCGUUUUCUCUUUCGACUAGAUUUUUUUUUUCCUUCAAAUUUUCCCUGCGACAUGGUCGCCAUUUUUUUUUCUUUGUGGGAGGGGGCAUUUCUUACUGAUAGCGCUUCGUUCUUUCUCUUUCAAAACCUGAUUCGGAACAAGAGCAAAAAUAUCAUUUUUUCCAUUCUUUUGGCAUCAAUUAUGUUUUCUGUCUUUCUCGUUUUCUUUCUUGAUUGCUUCGUGAUUUUUAUUGUAUUCUCUCUCUCUCUCUUUCUUUUUUUAUUCUCCUUCAUAGCUUCACAUUUUUUUUAUUUCUUUCUUUCUUGCUUCCUUGUUUGGUGA